AUGGCUCAUAUCGAUGUUAAAGCUGAAAAGUUACCGUAUGACCUAGAAAUCAAGACCCCUGUCACUAAUAAGAGUUUACUUGCCAAUAUGGCCUAUAAGGAGUGCGAGGUAUGGAUUGGGGAACGAAAAUUAUUGGUGGAUUUAAUAAAAUUGGCUCUUCAGGGGUAUGAUGUCAUACUAGGUAUGGACUGGUUAGUCAAAUACCAUGCGCAGUUAGAUUGCCGCGCUAAAACAGUUGAUUUUCAUAUACCGAGUGAACCUACACUCCAACUUGAUGUUCGAGGAAAGUUAACCUCAGCUACUCUUAUUUCUGGAAUUAAAGCUAGGAAGCUGCUAAGUAAAGGGGCCCGAGGGUAUUUGGCAGUAUUGAUUAACACUCCACAAGAGCAGUUAAAAGUUGAAAAUGUUCCAGUAGUGUGCGAAUUUCCUGAACUCUUCCCUGAAGAACUAACGUCACUACCUCCGGAAAGGGACAUAGAAUUUAAGAUUGAUUUGCAUCCCGGAGCAGAACCAAUUUCGAAAACCCCUUACCGAAUGGCUCCUGCAGAACUUAAGGAGUUAAAGACUCAAUUGCAGGAACUGUUAAACCUGGGAUUUAUACAGGAGAGCGAAUCACCUUGGGGAGCCCCGGGAUACUACCAAUUAAGGAUACGCAAGGAAGACAUACCUAAGACCGCCUUUAAUUCGCGGUAUGGGCAUUUUGAGCUUGCAGUGAUGCCCUUUGGGUUGACUAACGCUCCAGCCGCAUUUAUGGACUUGAUGCAUCGAGUUUUCAAACCAUAUCUAGACCAAUUUGUGGUAGUUUUCAUCGACGACAUUUUGGUCUACUCUAAGACUCGAGAGGAUCAUGAGCAACAUCUGAGUAAGUGUGAGUUUUGGCUGGAGAAGGUGUCCUUUUUAGGUCAUGUGAUCUCGAAAGAUGGGAUAGCGGUGGACCCCGCUAAGGUGAUAGCGUACGCAUCCCGAAAGUUAAAACCUCAUGAGCAGAACUACCCCACCCACGAUUUGGAAUUAGCGGCUAUAGUUUUUGCUCUACAAAAGUGGCGUCAUUACCUCUACGGGGUAACUUUUGAGGUGUUCACCGACCAUAAGAGCCUGAAGUACUUAUUUUCGCAAAAGGAGUUGAAUUUGAGGCAGCGUCGGUGGAUGGAAUUUCUAGAGGAUUAUGACUGCACCAUAAAGUAUCAUCCGGGUAAAGCAAACGUGGUAGCAGACGCACUUAGUCGAAAAGCUCAGGACCAGGAAUUGAAACGAGAAAUAUUGGAAGAAGCACAUAGGUCAAGAUACACAAUAAAGGUGGAGCACCAAAAGCCUUCUGGAUUGCUCCAACCAUUAGAAGUGCCAGAGUGGAAGUGGGAAAACAUCACUAUGGACUUUGUUUCAGGGCUACCAAGAACCCAAAAAGGACAUGAUGCCAUAUGGGUAAUAGUAGACCGUCUAACUAAAUCAGCCCAUUUCCUACCCGUGAACAUGAAAUAUUCCCUAGAGAAACUAGCUCAACUAUACAUGGACGAAAUUGUACGCCUACAUGGAGUACCAGUGAGUAUAGUUUCGGAUAGAGACCCUUGUUUUGUGUCACGAUUUUGGCAAAAGAUGCAGGAAGCUUUAGGCUCGAAAUUAACCUUGAGUACAGCCUACCACCCUCAGACAGACGGACAGUCGGAACGGACGAUACAAACGCUUGAGAAAAUGCUCCGAUCGUGUGUUUUGGAUCUGGGAGGAAGUUGGAGCCGAUAUCUUAUUAUGAUAGAGUUUGCUUACAAUAACAGCUAUCACUCCUCUAUACGAAUGGCACCGUAUGAAGCUUUUUAUGGACGCAAGUGCCGCUCACCGAUCUUCUGGGAUGAAGUAGGUGAGAGAAAGGUUCUAGAUGCUACCGCAGUGCCAUGGAUAGAAGAAGCGAUGGAAAAGGUCAAAAUUAUUCGCCAAAGGAUACUAACAGCUCAAAGUCAACAGAAAAGUUAUGCCGACCAUCGAAGGAAGGAUCUUGAGUUCGAAGUAGGGGAUAUGGUGUUUCUAAAGGUUACUCCACUAAGAGGAACUGUUGCGGCCAGGAAAGGGAAGAAAUUGAAACCAAGAUAUAUAGGGCCAUAUAGGAUUCAACGACGGGCCGGAACGGUGGCGUAUCAGUUAGAGUUGCCAGCCAACAUGUCCCGAAUUCAUAAUGUUUUUCACGUCUCACUACUAAUGAAGUACCAUCCAGAUCCCACCCACAUUUUGCAUACUGAGAAUGUAGAGCUAGACGAAUCCCUCACCUACGAGGAACAACCAGUACAGAUUUUGGACCGCAAGCUUGCUAGGAGCAUCUUGGAGCUUGGUGGAGGUUGUCCUACUCUUGUACUAUAUCUUAGUUGGAGUUGUAAUUUGUGA